ACGGCAAAGCGCGCACAGCAACAUGACCAACGUGGAGCCGCAAGUGAUUUCCAUUAGCAUAUCUAGCAGCAAGCCCAAAGUGGGCUACCUGAAAACUGAGUCCACCAGGGUCAAUUGUCCCGCCUGCGAGCACUUCGAGAUGAGCAUUGUGGAACACGAGGUGGUCACCUCUCUGCAGUGGCUGCUGAGUUUAACCAAGCUAUUCAAGAAGUGGUCUGGACGUGUGGAUAUCAAUCAUUAUUGCGCUCACUGCGGCUGUUAUAUUGGACGCUAUGUGCCCAUUGGAUGCUACGAGCGCUGUAUAUCAAACUCGGCGCGAAAACAGGCAGUCGUGGAUGAAAUGCGGCUAAAGACGAAACCAAAGGAUUGCGCUGUGCGUGCACAAAAGUCGAGGGAAAACAUACUGGCCAAACGGGCCGAGAAGCGUGCCCAGAAGCAGACCCAACUCCAAACACAAACGCAAUGAUGCAUUCAAAAUAAAUAACAGAAUAAAAGUUUGGAGUCCGUAUUUGAUACAAUUAUCGACUCGGUGGAAAUAAUCGUUAACAAAUAUGGUUGCGGUCUUGGCUAAGACAGAUUUUAACGACACAACAGAAAACACGAAUAAGCUUUUGAUGUGCACUUUAUAAAUAUAUAUUUGAAACGAA